UCCACCUUCACCUUCUUCCAUUUAUAUUCAUAUAUAUAUAUAUAAUAUAUAUGUAUAUACGUGCGUGUAUAUAUAUUCAUGGGUCUCUUCUGUAAUCUCGUAAUUCGAUUCAGGCUUUUCAAUCUCUCCCUCCCUCUCUCUCUCUCUCCAAGAAGGAGAAAGUGAGAAUCUUGGCAGACGAAAGGUCAGGUCGGGUCGGGGCGAGGCGAUGGAGUUCUGCCCGUGUCCUUAUGGGUUCCGCGCGCCUCUCGCGUCCGUGAUCGGCGGCUCCCUCGAGAGGGCCCGGCGAAUGUCCGGUGCCGCCGUCUCUGCCGUCGUGGGCAACGUCUUCUCCGCCAUCUUCACCUUCUUCUUCGCUCUGGUUGGUACUCUGUUAGGAGCCAUGACUGGGGCUCUGAUAGGCCAGGAGACCGAGAGCGGGUUCGUUCGAGGGGCUGCCGUCGGAGCGAUUUCAGGGGCGGUCUUCUCGAUCGAAGUCUUCGAGUCGUCCCUCGUCCUCUGGCAUUCAGAUGAAUCGGGGAUCGAGUGUGUCCUCUACUUGAUUGAUGUCAUCGUCAGCCUCUUAAGCGGGAGACUUGUUCGUGAACGGAUCGGGCCAGCAAUGCUAAGUGCAGUGCAAAGUCAGAUGGGCGCCGUUGAACCAAGCUAUGAGGAGGUUCACAACAUCUUUGACACGAGCAGCGCCAAGGGCUUGCCUGGAGAUUCGGUCGAAAAGAUCCCAAAAGUAACCAUCACUAGCAAUGAUAUGGAUGCUUCCGGAGAAAGAGUCUCUUGUUCAGUGUGUCUUCAGGACUUUCAGCUCGGAGAGACGGUGCGGAGCUUGCCUCACUGCAAUCACAUGUUCCAUCUCCCGUGCAUCGAUAAGUGGCUCUUGCGGCACGCAUCUUGCCCGUUAUGCAGAAGGGAUCUGUAAUCAGUGGAAAAAAAAAGGUUUCUUCAUUUAAUAUUCACAGAGGCGGUCAGUUUUCAGGAGGCUCUUCUCUUAUACAGGAUUUGUUGUAGACUUUGAUACAUUUUCUUUCUGUAGUUCUUAGUAAAGCCCCUGUUCCCUGAGAUGGAUCAGUGUAUGUACAAAAGUUUUGAGUGAAGAAAGAGUUCUCUACAUCGCAUCUUUUUCUAUCUUUCUUGAUAAACUCACUCCAUCGAUCUUUUGUUAAUCAAUUAACACUUUGGAAA